CCUCAGGAGCACGCACACCGUGAUAAGCAGAAGCACCAUGUCCCUCGACGACCUGCCGAAGAGAAGAGGAACGAUGAAGGGCAGCAUCCACCGCCACACGAGCGGGAGGGGCUACGGUAUAUACCGGGAGGGCCCGCCCUCCGAGCGCUUCCCGACGUGGCGCAGCGAGACGGACGACGCCUUCGAGAGGAAGGUCGUGCUAGGUAGGUCCAAGUCGUGGCAGCACGCCCAUCCGGAGCGCCGGGCGAAGUGCGCCGAGGCGUUCCUCGUGAGCGGGGAGAUCGGCGACUUCACGCGGCCUGGUUUUGACCCUACAAAGCCGCCUAGAUACGCCUUCAUCGAUCCCUCCUACCGCAACCCGAUGAAGACGAAUCGGCGCGGCGUGCACCCCGACCCGAAGGGGGGCCGAGUGUUGUACCCCAAGGACCCGUCCUACUUUCGUGAGGAACCUACCAGACUGAACUCGCCGGUUUCUGAUUUGCCACGGGCGAGAAGUCGCGCUCUCGACUUAAGCGAAGGUCGCCUCGACGCGUCGUUCAACAAGUCGGCCCACAACGACCUGGCCAUGACGGCGCAGCCCGAGGCGUUUCAAGCAACCCUACCCUUCGAGCCGCGCGGCGCGGCUUCGAUUUAUAGGGGCAACAAGAUGCGCGCGGGGAACAUGCGGCACUGGUCCGGCGGGUUGAGAGGGAUGCGGUACUAGGCCGCGUGUAACGUUGCUCUAUCGUC